AUGAGGCAAGAAAUACGAAUAACUUUCCUUUAUUUUUCAGCGCUUUUGUGCGAUUUAAUCGCCACGAAGAAAUCCUAAUUCUGUUUUCUUAAAUCUGCGAAAGAAGACUGGCUAUUUAAUCCGAAGAAAUACGCUUUUGGUGGGAUUUGGCUGGCUUCCUGUUGGAUUGUCUUGCCUUUCAACAGUGUCAAACUGUGUCAACUUCAAGAGGAAAGCGAGGUCAGGAAAGCUCUUUAUCGCGAAUUCUCACUGGCUGUUUUGUUGUUUUAGUUACCAGAGCUUAUUUGUUUGGCUAAUUGUGCUUUUCACGCUUUGAAAAUUUAUUCAAUUAUUCUACCGAUUAUUCCGCUGGUUACGCGUCGCCGCACAGCAACAAAGACCAGUCGGCAAAUCAUCAGGAUUGCAUGACCCAGGAAACCGUUUUGCGCGAACGGAAACCUUCUGUUGACAUCGAUCAAAGGAAAGUUUUUAAAAACCAAUCAGACAGUGCGUUAUCAAUAUAGACAGUGAGUUAUCAAUACCAUCUGGUUGAUACAUCGGCGGCUGUGGCAAGCCUCAAGAACGGCGUGAAUUCCAGUGGUAAAAAAAGACUACCUGAUCCAAAGCUAAACGGGGUUAACUGGCUAAGCGCAUCGCGAUCUGGAAGAUUUUACGACCCUUGGAGGACAUAACUUUUGGUAUAUUGUAGGUUGAGUACCCACGAAGGAGAUUACGAAUCUGUUAAGCUACAGAUUUGGUAUUCUUUUAAUGGAUCAAACUAUGUUUCUGUUUAGAAGCUACAACUGAAAGUGGCUCAGCUCUCGGAGUGGGCUCAACCUCAUAGCUUGCUUCAAGUUUUCAUAGCGUUGAUAUGGCUACGGAGGACCUAAGAAUCAAUAUCAAAGAGCUUCAGUAUGACAGGCAGCGACUUUCAGCAUUAGUUUUCCAACCUCUUCAAGAAAUUAAAGAUUUUGUGGCCCGAAACUUAAGGUUGGACGAAGUAGAUCACAUCGUCUUACUUCUCCGCAAUGCUAUUCGAAGUGACACGCUGAGAACUCUCACGGACGGCGAAGCUCUAAUCGCGGUUCUUAAUCUGUAUUACGGAAAAGAUAAUUUGCGAGUUGUGCAGCGCCUCUUGAAGAAGAUAAAUUGUCACGAUCUCCUCCAAGUAGUCAGUGAGUGGGAAAGUCGCAACAACCCGGUGCAUCCACGAGUUUUUCAAGAGUGUGGCUACUUUCCAUUAUGGAUAAGGAUCAGAAACCAUUUUACAUGGUUCUCUGAGAACAAGAAGACAAUAUUGCAGAAGAUCAAAAGACUUUUCCACAUCCCUGAGAUUGCCCAAGGUGACCCUGAUUGGGAAACAAUUAUAUACAUGGGAGUUUCCUUUGGUGCAUCAGACCUUCUGGUUUACAUGUUAGUGCCUGAGUGUGCACGUAAACAUGUCCGUUCCUCUCUUGGAAGAAAUGAUGUCUGUCUCACUAUGCAGCAAUUAAGUAUAAUUGGGAUUUACUUUGGAAGGAAGACGAAGAGAAAUGGUUUUGGUGAUGACCUUUCCCUUACCAGCUUUACAUCCAUGAAUGAGUCUUUGCAAAGUGACUUUGUUCAAGAUGGUGAAGGUCGGGAGGUUUUGCAUCACUAUAAAGCUACAAGUGAAACAAAGAAUGGAUGUUAUAAUGGUAGACAGGAACAAAAUCAGAGUAAUUUGAGUAACCAAGAUUUUUCACAAUCAGUUGUGUCACCAGAAAGAGGAAAUGCAAAAGUUGUACAAACAAACAUGGGUUACAUUGAUACUGCCUCUCCUGAAGACAAAACAGACUUGCCCAUCAGGGUUGUGCGGCCAAAGAUAAUGUAUAUUGACCACAAUGUCCAGGCUGCCGUGGAUGUGGAAGAUUCACCAGUGAGAAGCAAAGCUGUAUCUGGUAAAGAACAGGAUCAGAUUAUUGUAAAAGAAACCUCAGAAAUGACAGAAUCGAUGCCCCCAAAGUCAUCUCCAGGUCACAGGGGUCAGCAUCAGUGGCAAGAAGAUAGAGAAUGGGUUCCAGCAAUUGAAAGUUUGAUUGUACCAGAGGUCAAGCAGAGCAAAGAGCUGCAGUCCUGGAGCAUUCCUGAUGAGCUUUACCACACAAGUCAAGGCAACACCACAGGUGACAGUCACAGAGGUUGGUCACAUAACACUUCCUUGGAAAAUAAAACUGGCCAGAAUUGGUCAGACAAUGAAAGAGUUGAGAGCAAUAAAAAGAGAACAUCUGUUUUAGACUUUUCAUUUGAAAACAGUUGUGUUGAUGGGGAGAGAGGCUGGUACUCUCAAAGUCCACCCAAAAAAUCACACAUUGGAACAGCAGUUGUGGAAAAUGGUCCCAUAUCAACAAAAUCAAAGUUGAUUCCAUCAGAAAUAACAACUUCCAAAUCAGAAAACACCAAAACAUUCACUUCAACAGCAACAUUCCAAAUCAGUAGGAGGAAUAAAAACGCCAAUUCUCAUCAGAAACAUAUGAGUUCUCUGAAUGGUGAAAUUUAUAAGACAGAAGCCCUGCCAUCCUUAAAUAUGAGCCAAUCAGAUUUUGAUGACAAUAGAGUGAUGACAAAGGAUAAUCAGGGGAUUCCAAGGCAACCAGAGCCUGGUUCCUCUUGGUAUGAGGAUACAGCUUUGGAGGACUCCUUAUACAGAGAAAUGGUUCCUGAACCAGAACCUGAAGACACACAGCAGUUUCAUCCUGUUGAAGAUUACUAUCUUGAUAACAUGAAACCCCAGCAAGCGGCUGUGACUCCAAGAAUUUACUCUGCAAGGACAACAAAUGGAAGAGCUCACACUCCAAUAUACUCCCCUCCAGAAAGUUUCCGGGAUGCCACCCCUGUAAGUGGCAAGCUGGUGAUGGUAAAAACUGCACUUGUUGAUCAACCAAGGCAAAAGCUAUCCGUAGUCAUGGUCCAUCACGACAGGGAAGAAUCACCGAGAGACUCAAACAAUUUAAGGGAGUUUCCCAAAACAACUGGCAUGACCAGUGCUGGUUUCUACAGGCCUACAGAUCAUAGCCCCCAAGAAUAUAAUCAAUAUAAUGAUUAUAGUCCUAAAAACUCAAAUGGACAAUCACAACAGUUUUCAACCCUGAAGGCAGAGAGUGAAGUGUUGUCAGAUUAUGAUGACAGUGUCUUUACUGAUCAUGAAUACAGAGAUGACGCUAGUGGAAGAUUUGCAGUGGUACCCCCUCCAUAUGUUCCUCCACCAGAAUACAAAAAGACUUUAAGAAAGUUGGAUGGAAAAUCAAAUGAUGAUUCUACCAGCAUAGACACAUAUAGUUCAGAUCGUGUUCAUAAGAGUCCUCUCCUGUCAGCUGCAAGUGUAAGUUCAAUAUACAAAGAGAAAGAAAUGUUUCUCAGCAGAGAAGAAUUACAGAUGAGUAUAAAAGGGGCUGAGGACAAAGAAAUAGAAAAACAGAUAGAACUUUGUAAGGAUCUCAUGGUUGCUGCUAAAGCGGGGGAUGAGGAUGAGGUGAAGAGAACCAUUGAUGAAGGAGUUGAUGUGAAUUAUCAAAAUGAGUUUGGUCAGUCAGCAAUGAUGGUUGCCAGCUGGGAAGGACAUCUUGGAAUUGUAGAGGCCUUGCUUAGUGAUGACGCUGAUCCUAAUUUACAGGACGGGUUUGGCAAGACUGCUCUGCACGAGGCUGCCAUCAGUGGUCAACAUGCUAUUGUUCAUCGUCUCAUCCCUGGUGGAGCUAACGUCAAUCUGGCUGAUGAGGAAAAAAGAACCCCUCUUCAUUAUGCCGCCAUGAGAGGAAAAAGAAGAAUAGUAGAAGUUCUCCUGCUCUUUGGUGCGAAUGUUUCGCUUCUUACGAAGGAAGGAGAAUCUGCGAUUGAACUUGCCUAUUGGUACCGUCAUGACGAUAUUGUAACUUUGUUGCAGUCUACUGGCGAUAAAAGAACCCGUAGAGAAAUGGACAGUCUGAUACGAAAGCAGAAGAUCCGUUCCGCAGCAUCUUUACCAAACUUGUCCAAGGCGUCAUCGAUGAAAGAGCUCUCCCGAGCCAGGAGCCGUCCAGACCUGCGCAAAAAGAAAUCAGUUUGUCCCAUCCAGUAAAUUCGCGUAAGAGCCGUUCACCGCAUGGCUGGACACAUGUAGUCGGAAUCAAAACUCCUUCGUAUGUUACGUUUUUAAGUUUAAUUUCAACUUUUUCGCUUCCAGAUCUGGGAGAAAUGUUCUCAAUUUCAAAAGUUUUGGAGUCAAUUAGGUCUAUUUAUAUGAUAAAUAUAUAUAAUAUAUACAUUCUUCGUUUAAUUUUCAUCGUACCAUUGGUUAUAUAUAUUUGUAAAGGUGUGGGUCCUUACAUAUCGAACAAAGAUGCGAAUUGCAUCAAAGGGAUAUCUGCUGUCAAUUCAGCGUAGCAAAUAUUUGUAUGCAAUUUUUUAAGAAGCUGGUGGCGCUUUUUAAGGAAUUUUUAAUGUUGUUGGAGUUUGUUAGACGUAUUUUUAUAGACUUAAUACCAAUUUGUAAGAUAGUUGUAGUUAUCUGUUACUUUCAUAACUGGUGUGCUAAAAUUCACACUUUUGUAUCGGAUAGAUUUAAAAUUCUUUGGGAUUUUUAGUUGUUGGCCACAAAUACGUAAUAACUGCAUGACGAUUUUAUGUAGGUUUGUAAUUGUGUGAGGUUUUCACAAAUAUUUUGUACUAGAAAAUGGGGAAAACGGUAAUUAAAAUGAUUUUAAAAUUGA